GUGUUGACAGUAAAUAUAAAAUUCAUUUUGUUUAUCUCUGCUGGUUGCUGGUUCUAGUCUAGGUUAAGAAAAAUAAUGAAGUCUCUUUAAAUUUAUAAAUAAAAAUGACAAAUGAAGAAGAGUUUAUAAAUUAUGAUAAUGAAAUUGAAGAGGAUGAUGAUGAAUUUGAUGAUGAAGAGGAAGAAGAAAUUUUAGUUUAUGUUGACUUCGAAGGUAUAUCUGAGUCUAAUAUUUUUUGUGAUGAAAAACUUCAAUUGGAUAUGAUUGGAUUGGAUAUGGAGCAUCCAAUUAUGCAGAUUAAUGGAAAACAUUACGAAGGAACGUAUGAGGAUGACGUAGGUACGAGUUUAUUUUUCGAAAAAGAUCCUAAUCCACCUGUUGGUGAUCCAGUGUUUGAUAAACCGAUAAAUAUAAAAUACUUUGGAAAAGUUGAUAAAAUUUUAAAGAUGAAGAGAAUUUUUGUCAAGCCAAGACUUGAAGUCUUGGGUGAUUCCGAACAUUCAAGUUGUAUUCCUAAUAUUAAAACCCUUAAGGACUUUGGGAUUCCUCCUAGUUAUCAAGAUAAAGCUUUGAAACUUUGGACGGAAAAAAGAAACGAACGAUUAAAUGCAAUGGAUGAAUAUUUAGAAAAACAAAAACAACGUGAAGAAAAACGACAGCAAGGUAUUGAACCAGACUCUGAAUCAGAUGAUGAUAAUCCAUUUGCUAUAUUUAAAGUUGAAAAUACAAAUGAUCCCUUAAUUGAUGCCAAUACUAGUUCGAUAAAUGAAACAAAUAAUGAGAUAAAUCUGACUAAUGAUAGCGGUAACGAUAAUGAUAACCAGCAAUUUACGGUAAUAGAUCCGGGACCAUCAACAUCCAAAGAUAGUAUUCCUUGGGUUAAUCCAAAAACGGAAAGCAACUCUGACCAAAAUAAUGAAUCGAUAAAUCAUAUAAAUCAUGGUCAUAUUGAAAUCGUACCCAUAAGAGUGUGUCCCAAAAGACUUCCUAAAAAAGUUAAAUGUACAAAAAGUGGUGAAGUAGUUACUGAAGAUGAGGUACAAAAAAUUUUAAAUCGUGACCCGGAUGAUGUUGUUAUUGACAGUUUGCUUGCCAAUAAAGGAACAAGUGAUGUCACAAUUGAUGAUAAUGAUAAUGCUGAUGAUAAUGAAGACGAAUUGAAUAGCACUGAGUUAUCUGAUAAGCCGGAAGUAAUAAUGGAAGAUAGAAAAACAGUUAAAGAGAAAAAACGAGAGGCCAAGAUGAAAGAAAUAACAGAUAGGCUUAAGAAAAAAGCUGCCGAUGAAAAAAUUUAUUCUAAUACAUAAUAAAAAAAUUUUAAU